CAGCAGCAACCAACCACGGGUCCCGGCCGCCGGAGACAGUGCUAUAGGAAAAAUUUCCCAGUAGAGAGAGAGAUUUGUUAGCGGAAAAGUCGUGAGUCGAUAUCAGGAAAAAGGUAGCAGCGUGUGUGAAGGUCCGUGAGCACUGUCAAUUAUUCACCACCAGCGGGGUGACGACUUUGCAUACUUUGGCACUCAAAUAUUCGUAAUUUGCUGUCUUGUGAUAUUCACGGGAUCGGCGACGAGGAUGUCAGUAUUGAAUCAAAGCGGCGAGGAUGCGGUGGAAUGCCCUCUGUGUAUGGAGCCGUUGGAGGUGGACGAUCUAAAUUUCUUCCCGUGCACCUGCGGAUACCAGAUAUGCCGGUUCUGUUGGCACAGAAUCCGUACCGACGAGAACGGCCUGUGUCCCGCGUGUCGAAAGGCCUAUUCUGAAAAUCCGGCUGACUUUAAACCCCUUACCAAGGAAGAAAUAGCAAGAUUGAAAGCCGAGAAGAGGUUAAAAGAUCAACAACGGAAGCAGAGAGUUACAGAAAAUCGGAAACAUCUAGCAAAUGUGAGAGUAGUACAAAAAAAUUUAGUGUUUGUAGUAGGAUUACCAAUGCGGCUGGCAGAUGCUGAUGUUUUAAAGAAACACGAAUAUUUUGGGAAAUUUGGGAAGAUACACAAAGUCGUAAUUAACCAGAGUACUUCCUAUGCAGGGUCUCAAGGCCCCAGUGCUUCGGCUUAUGUUACUUAUCAACGUCAAGAGGAUGCGCUACGUGCUAUAGAGGCUGUGAAUAACAUUGUUGUGGACGGACGGACAAUAAAAACAUCUUUAGGAACGACGAAAUAUUGUUCGCACUUUAUGCGUAACCAAGCCUGUCCAAAGCCAGAUUGCAUGUACCUGCACGAUCUUGGGGACCAGGAGGCAUCGUUUACCAAGGAGGAGAUGCAUCAGGGUAAACAUCAGGAGUACGAGCGCAAGCUCGUGCAGUCGUUACAUGCACACGCGUCUUCAGUUCAACGAAAACCGACGCCAUCGCCACCUGUUACGGGCAGUAUUGUUAGGGAAAGUGGGACCGUAAAUUCGCAGACUAAAGAAGCAUGGCCGUCGUUGCAACCUGGACAGACAAAUAGUACACAAGGUAAAGAAAUAUUGCCACCUGCGCAAACAACUUCACAACACAGCAAUGUAACGAGCGGAAACGGCACGGUAGCUCAACAAAGUCACAUUUCCUCCGGGAUGUCUACGCAUCAACAAAACAACAAUAACAAGGGUGAAAGUGGUGUGGGUGUAAGGCGGGGUAAAAGUAAUAGCGAAAGUAAAGCGCAGGCAGCUCGGAAUAAACAUAAAAAUAGUCAAAAUAAAGAGAAGCACGGUACUCGUACGACGUCGCGAUCUGAAUCAAGCUCAAUCAACAACACGCAAAAUAGUUCACAGACGCAAAUUACUGGACAAAAGGACGUUAGAAACUUUUCCGCUGAUACGAACAGUGAAAUGUUGCAAAAAUUGGGUAACAAGUGUAAAAUGGAACAACAGCAGCUUCAGCCACAGCCACAACAAAUUAGCAACAAAACAUCAAAAUUAGUUCAAUUACAGUCUCACGAAGUUAAUGUAAAUGGUGCAUUUCAAAAUGGGGAACGUCGGCACUCGGACAGUGAAACGGAUCAACAGCGCGAAGGUAGCACGCCAGCGAGUACGAUCUCGAGCACAGAAGACUCGAAUGUAAAUCACCAAGCCGAGCACUUGGCUGAAUCAAGCGAGGAAAACAGUGGUGCUGUUCUUUUGGGUUCGUCUCCAGCUAGCACAAAUUCAUCACAAGGUGCCAAUCAACCACCGCCACCGGGGCUACACAAUGGAUCUCAAAUGCAACUCAAUCAUCGGUCGAUCUUUCAAGCGGACAAUAAUAGUUUCUUCAGUUCGAAUACCUUCCAAAAAAUACCAACUACCAACACCUCAAUGCCACCAAAUUCCCUCGCAGCAAACGCAAAUCUAGAUUGGACAAGCACAGGAGUGGCUACAAUACCCGAUUCCUUGCCGACGGUUCAUUCUAGUGAAGAUUGGCAGGCUGCUUUCGGCUUUCAACCCGAAUCAUCUCGAACGAACCACAUUAUAUCAAAAUCCAGUCCGUCUGAUUCACCGAGAGUAACAUUCAAUUCCGAGGGCUUUGUAGACGAAGAGGUUUAUAUAAAUGCACCUUACACCGCUACACUCGCAGAACCAUCAUCUGGUACCUUUACAUCUAACUUACUUGUAAAUUCACCCGCAUCUAAGUUUAUGGCAGAUUAUCAACAAAAUUCAUUACAACAAAGGCUUAAUAUACAGGCACAACAAAAUCAAGAGAAUUGUGAGUACAUAAAACAGAACGGCCACGCUACAAUCGAGGAAGUUCGGAAUCACUGUGACGCAGGCUCAGACGUUAAAGCGGACGACGAUUUAGGUUUCGAUCCUUUUCACGAAACGCAGAAAGCAUUAGCGGAACUUUUAGAAGACGAGAUGCAGGUGCAACAGCAGAAGAUAUUUCAGCAACAACAGCAACAGAGAGAAAGGGAGGAGCACACUAGGGUGCAGCAUCAACAAACUCUUGCGAGCCUUAAUCAGCAACACUUUCCGCAAGUUGCGCACAUAGCGCACUUGCAGCAACAAGCCCAGCACUUGCAAAAUCUACAGGUGCUUCAGUCGCAUUCCCUCUUGUCCCGUCUUCCGCAAAAUCUGUUACCAAGCGGUGCGCAGAGCCCUGCACAAGGCACUGUGACGGCUACCAGUUUAGGACAGCGCAGUCGACUCCCGCCACCGGGCUUUCCUGGUUCCACGCCAAAUCACAUGAACUCAUUCGGUCUCGGUAUACCACGACCAGCACCAACGAAUAGUGCCCUCUCUGGAGCGCAACCACCUCAGCAGAGUGCGUACCUUCCAAACGGAAGUCCGCUUCUCAGCACGCAAAACAUAGGCAAGUGCACGGGUGACGCGGUUUAUACCCUGAAAGAUUGGUGCGAAAUUAACAAUCAACAACAGCAGCAGCAGCAGCAACAACAGUUUCACCAUCAAGCGUUGCAUCAAAAAGGAUGGAACAAUUUCGGACCUAUCGCAGAUUGGACUUCGAUUGAUCCGGCUAUAGUUACUUCGUCUAGACCACUUCCAUUCCAAACUACCAACGCUUGGCAAUUUCCCCAUAUUCAUCCUUCUCAUGUUGUAGCCCACAACGCGCAACAGGAACAGAACGCACCUGCUCAACAUUGGGCGAUGCAACCACCACCCGGCUUUGCGGCACCCACGACCACAGGACAGUUGAAUAAUCCGCAGCCGAGCACGACCGCACAACCGCACACCAAGCUCAUCUCUGCAGGAUCAGAAAUCGAAAACCUAUAAGUCUAAUGCGUGAGGCGAACGAGUCGAGGCGUCAUAAUGUGUAUCCGGAUGUGGCAAGAUCAAAUCCAGCAAAUGAAAGAAACAAAAAAAAAAAGAAUACGACAGUCGAUAAUGUACGUUUUCCUAACGCUUCUAUUAAUCUCAAAGUUUUAUUUCAAAUCUCCAUUUAUUUGUGCGAGUUUAUUUACUCGAGUGAAAAACAAAUAUCGGAAUAAAGUAUGUGAGUUAAAUGCGUACUCCUCGAUGUAAGCGAAGAUUAUACGUCAAUAUAUCUUCCUCAUGAUAUUAUCAUUUCUGAAUUAUAGCAAAAUUUAUCAUAUUUAAGUCUGACUAUCGUUAUAAGCGAAGUUUAUGUAGGAUAUGAAAAAUAUUAAAAGGAUAAAUGAAUUAAGAUAUCAAGAAAUGAUUGCGAAUAUUUGAAAGUGCAUUUCCUUUCUGAAUUCUUAUUAAAGGAACAUUAUUUUUUUUUCCAUAAUUAAAAUUGAACAUUGAACAUCCUGUGUUUAUAAGCUUUGUGAGAUUAAAAAGACACACACACACGCACACACACACACACACAGCUGAAAACUAUUAGAAUGCAAAUGUAAUGAAACUUCUUGAAAUAUUAUUUACUUUUAUAUCUGUCAUAGUUAAAAAUGUGUUUUAAAUUAAAAGCUUUGUUAUCAUAUAUCCAGAAAUUCUAUUGUUAAAUCGAAAUGAAUUGUUAUACAUGUAUGUAUAUGUGUACCUAAUGGUACGGUACUAUUGAGAUCGCCUUAUAUAUACAUAUUUUGCUAUUUUAUAAUAUUGCUUUUAUCACGUUGAAAUGUAAUUAGUGCGUUUUAUCCAGUCGUUUUAAAAGAAAAGAAUUUCUUAUCAUUGAGCAGGAUGUAAUAUGACAUGAUUUUACUGUUGCUGCAGUAAAAUAAUAAGUAGAAUUUUAUUAUCUUUGCAUACACGUAAAUUUUCUUCGGAUGCGUCAACACACAUUUGUGAUAUUAUGGGGCACGAACUCGUUAUUUAGAAAAAUGAAAAGACUAAGAAUUAGGAUUUCCUAACUUAGCUUUGAUAAUCAUUUUAACGAAUAUCUUGAGUUGUGAAUCAAAUUGAUUGAAUACACAGGUCAUAUACAGGAUUAUCUGUAUUAAUCGAGAGAGAGACUAGCGAUAUUUCCAAUCUCGCGACAAGAUCGACGUUAAUGUAUCAAUAUCGAUUAUAAGGAAAACUACAGGUGACUGUUCGACAAAAAAAAAA